CCUGCUCAGCAUGUUUCAGGGGGUCCCCUCUACUGCUCUUUGAACAGGGAAGACAAAUAGUAAAAGCUCACAGACACAUGAAAAGCUUCCACAGCCCCAGCAACUCCAGCACCAUCACCGGCUUCAUCCUCCUGGGCUUCCCCUGCCCCCGGGAGGGGCAGAUCCUCCUCUUUGUGCUCUUCUCUGUUGUCUACCUCCUCACCCUCAUGGGCAAUGCUUCCAUCAUCUGUGCCGUGCACUGGGAUCUGAGACUGCACACGCCCAUGUACAUCCUGCUGGCCAACUUCUCCUUCCUGGAGAUCUGGUACGUCACUUCCACAGUCCCCAACAUGUUGGCCAACUUCCUCUCUGACACCAAGGUCAUCUCCUUCUCUGGGUGCUUUCUCCAGUUCUACUUCUUCUUCUCCUUGGGUUGCACUGAAUGCUUUUUCCUCGCGGUUAUGGCCUUUGAUCGGUUCCUUGCCAUCUGCAGGCCUCUACACUAUCCGUUCAUGAUGACCAGACGUCUCUGCACCAAUCUUGUGUUAGGCUGCUGGAUACUUGGUUUCCUGUGGUUCUUGAUUCCCAUCAUCAUCGUCUCCCAAAUGUCCUUUUGUGGGUCCAGGAUAAUUGAUCACUUCCUGUGUGACCCAGGUCCUCUGUUAGCCCUGACUUGCAGAAAAUCUGUGGUGAUAGAGUUUGUCAUCUCCACCUUAUCUGCUGUAGCAGUUGUUAUUCUCUUGCUUUACAUCAUGGGGACUUAUGCUUUGAUUUUAAAAGCUGUACUGAAAGUCCCUUCAGCAGCUGGUAAAAGAAAGGCUUUUAACACCUGCGGGUCUCACAUGGCAGUGGUUUCCCUAUUCUAUGGCUCAGUACUAGUGAUGUAUGGGAGCCCAACAUCUGGGCAUAAAGCUGGGAUGCAGAAGAUUGUGACUCUCUUUUAUUCUGUUUUGACCCCUCUCCUUAACCCUGUGAUAUAUAGUUUUAGGAACAAAGAUAUGAAAAAAGCCCUCCAGAAAUUUCUAGGAACAUCAAAAUGA